AUGUCUGCUGUCAAAUACCUUGAGGCGGUGCCGCAUGCCCGACUUGUCGAAUGUGAUAUCAACGAGGCGUAUAUAACUGGCUCGGAGUUGGCAGUGAGCGAUAGAAUUCGCGAGUCAAAGUUUCUGCUUGACGCAUGGUUUGCCAUCAAGCCGCAUGAGCGAGAACUGGUUGACAGUGGCGCCCGGAUCUACAUGCUGCUGCUGCGAGCAUGUGAGGAGUGCCGCUUCUGGGUGCCGCUGGGGAUCACAACGGAGCAGGUCGAGGCUGCAUUAAAGCUCAAGCAGCUCUUGGAGAAGGGCUGUAAUGAGGACGCCGGCAAUCUGACCAGCGAGCUCGUGUCCCUUUUCAAGGAUCUCAACAUCGCAAUGUUGGUGUACUCGCUACCAGCAGGAUUCUCUUGGAAUAGCCACUUUAUCAUUCGUGCACUGGGCUUGCUUGCAUGGAGUGGCAACCACCCCUUUGACCCAAUGGCUAUCUCCAAGUGUGUUAGCAGAGUCGCUGUCUGGUCUCGUAUUGCAUUCUACCUAGCCCACCAGCCGAUGAUGGACAUGGAGCAUCACCAAAGUGCACUUCUAGCGAUUCAGCUUUCGCAUACCAACUUGCUUUCCGAGAACCAGACGCCAUACGGGGCGAUGUCAAAGGCUGAGUGUGUUUUAAAGUGGGCAGCGAUCUGUGAUCCAUCAAGCGGGAUCAUUCAGUGGACUCCAAACAGCAGCUUUACCCAAAUGACGUAUAUUCGGCAGCAUGUACGCAUGGAUGAGAUCUCGCGCACAUACACCUGCAUCAUCGCCCAUCUUGAGGAGGUGCUAGCAGACAUUCUGGGUGAUUGCGGUACAGACUUGACCUCUAUCUCGGUUGCUAACAGCAUUGCCGAUGACACCAGCGACUAUACCAACAGCCGGAUCGUUUUUGAGACACCCAGACAACGGAUUCGUUGAGCAUGCCCAUCAGCUUUUUGG